UGAGCAACCGCGAAGGGGAGGUGCCCACUGGCACUUCCGGACUCGUGAGGCUGCGUUGCGCGCGGAGCACUCUGGGACUGUUAGUUUUCGAGAUGGAACGAGCGGCGCAGCAAGCAGUGCCUCUGGGUCAGAUGGAAGUGUUUCAGGCCCUGCAGCGGCUGCACAUGACCAUAUUCUCCCAGAGUGUCUCACCCUGUGGGAAGUUCCUGGCAGCUGGCAACAAUUAUGGACAGAUAGCUAUCUUUAGCUUGUCUGCUGCUUUGAGCUCCGAGGCCAAAGAGGAAAGUAAGAAGCCCAUGGUGACCUUCCAAGCCCAUGACGGGCCCGUCUACAGCAUGGUCUCCACUGAUCGACAUCUGCUGAGUGCUGGGGAUGGGGAGGUGAAGGCCUGGCUUUGGGCAGAGAUCCUUAAGAAGGGCUGUAAGGAGCUGUGGCGUCGUCAGCCCCCAUACAGGACCAGCCUGGAAGUACCUGAGAUCAAUGCUCUGCUUCUCGUGCCCAAGGAGAAUUUGCUCAUCCUGGCGGGGGGAGACUGUCAGCUGCAUGCAAUGGACCUUGAGACAGGGACCUUCAUGUGGGCCCUCCGGGGCCACACGGACUACAUCCACUGCUUGGCACUGCGGGAGCGGAGCCCCGAGGUGCUGUCGGGUGGCGAGGAUGGGGCCGUGCGGCUUUGGGACCUGCGCACGGCCAAGGAGGUCCAGACGAUUGAGGUCUACAAGCACGAGGAGUGCUCGAGGCCCCACAACGGGCGCUGGAUCGGAUGUUUGGCAACUGACUCGGACUGGAUGGUCUGCGGAGGAGGCCCAGCACUCACUCUCUGGCACCUCCGAUCCUCCACACCCACCACCGUCUUCCCCAUGCGGGCGCCACAGAAGCAUGUCACCUUCUACCAGGACCUGAUUCUAUCAGCUGGACAGGGCCGCUGUGUCAACCAGUGGCAGCUGAGCGGGGAGCUCAAGGCCCAAGUGCCUGGCUCCUCCCCAGGACUGCUAAGCCUCAGCCUCAACCAGCAACCAGCAGCCCCUGAGUGCAAGGUCCUGACAGCCGCGGGCAACAGCUGCAGGGUGGAUGUCUUCACUAAUCUGGGCUACAGAGCUUUCUCUCUAUCCUUCUGACCUCCAACAGUGUUUCCACCUCCAUCUCAGGGGUUCACAGUGUUUUCUUUUUUUUUUUUCUUCUUUUUUUAAUACAAAUAAAAUUAGUGGCUUUUUUU